AUGGCAUUACUUGUUUAUGUUGAUGAUGUGCUGCUAGUAAGUGAUGAUUUGCAGCAAAUUCAGCUCUUGAAGAAGUUCUUACAUGAUCAAUUUACCAUUAAAGAUUUGGGACCAUUGAAAUAUUUUCUUGGCCUAGAAAUAGCAAGAUCAAAAACUGGUAUUUCACUUUGUCAACGAAAAUAUGCCAUGGACAUAUUACAAGACACUAGUAACCUAGGCUCAAAGCCUGCUGCAUUUCCAAUGGAAUCAAAUCUCAAACUCACUGCUGAUGAUCCAGAACUUUAUGAAGAUCCAUCAGAAUAUAGGAGACUAUUUGGUAGAUUGUUAUACUUCACAAUCACUAGACCAGAUCUUGCCUAUUCUGUCCAAGUGUUCAGUCAGUUUCUAGCAAAACAAGUUGUCAGCCAUCACAAAGCAGCAAUGAGAGUCCUCAGAUAUCUGAAAGCUACACCACGGCAGGGUUUGUUUUUCUCAUCAUCUUCAGAACUUCAGCUCAAAGCCUUCUCAGACAGUGACUGGGCAGGCUGCAUUGACACUAGGAGAAGCAUAAUAGGUUUUACAACAUUUUUGGGCAAUUCCCUAAUUUCAUGGAAGUCCAAAAAGCAAGCCACAAUUAGUAGAUCCUCUGCUUAA